AUGAUUAGGAGACAAACAAACGAUAAAAACCCCAAUUUCCAUCAACGGUCGUCUUUAUGGAGGGAAAUCACUACUUUUAGAAAACUGAGGCAAAUCCAUGCUUCAAUGAUCAUUAAUGGAUUCAAUUCAAACAAAUUAAAUCUUCGAGAACUUAUAUACGUUUCGGCGUUAGUUAUACCUUCUGGAAUUAGUUAUGCACACCAACUGUUCGAUCAUAUCACUCAACCAGACUUAUUUAUGUGGAACACUAUGCUUAGAGGCUCUGCUCAAAGCCCGAACCCUGGAAAGACUGUUUCUUUGUUUAACCAGAUGGAAAAACGAGAUGUUAGGCCGGAUCGUUAUUCUUUUCCGUUUGUGCUUAAGGCGUGUACUAAGCUUUCUUGGGUUAAUAUUGGUUAUGGUGUUCAUGGAAAGAUUAUGAAAUAUGGGUUUGAAGAUAAUACGUUUGCGAAGAAUACCCUUAUUUAUUUUCAUGCUAAUGUUGGGGAUAUAGAUAUCGCGAGUGCUUUAUUUGAUUCUUCAGCGAAAACCCAAGUUGUUGCUUGGUCUGCUUUGACGGCUGGGUAUGCAAGGAGAGGGAAUUUGGUUAUGGCGAGGAAGGUUUUUGAUGAGAUGCCGGAGAAAGAUUUGAUUUCUUGGAAUGUAAUGAUUACGGGUUAUGCAAAGAGAGGGGAAAUGGAUAGUGCCAGAGUUUUGUUUGAUGAGGUACCAAAAAGAGAUAUUGUAACGUGGAAUGCAAUGAUAGCGGGAUAUGUAAAUUGUAAGUUACAUAAAGAAGCGUUGGAUAUAUUUGAAGAAAUGACGAGUUUGGGAGAACAACCUGAUGAGGUAACAAUGUUGAGUCUUGUAACAGCAUGCACAGACUCUGGGGAUUUAGAUAUUGGUGAGAAGAUUCAUCGUUCUGUUCUUGAUUUAGGUGGCGGAGAAUUGAGCAUUUUACUUGGCAAUGCGCUAAUAGAUAUGUAUGCAAAGUGUGGGAAUAUAGAUAAAGCACUCAAGAUUUUUCGUAGUAUGAAAGAAAAAGUGGUGACAACUUGGAACUCUAUAAUUGGAGGUUUAGCCUUUCAUGGUCACUCUGAGGAAGCCAUAGAUAUUUUCAAAGAAAUGUGUCAACUGAAAAUAAAACCAAACGACGUAAGUUUUGUUGGGGUGUUGGUGGCUUGCAGUCAUGCAGGCAAGGUUCAAGACGGUCGGGAGUAUUUUCGUCUCAUGAGAGACAAGUAUAAAAUUGAGCCAAACAUAAGGCAUUAUGGGUGCAUGGUUGAUCUUCUUGGACGUGCAGGACUUUUAAACGAAGCAUUUGAAUUUGUAGACAAAAUGAAGAUGAAGCCAAAUGCAAUCAUAUGGAGGACUUUACUUGGAUCAUGUAGAGUUCAUAAUAAUGUUGAGUUAGGUAGGCAUGCUAACGAGCAAUUACUCAAAUUAAAAUGGGGUGAAAGUGGUGAUUAUGUAUUGCUUUCGAAUAUAUAUGCUUCACAAGGCGAGUGGGACGGUGCCGAAAGGUUGAGGAAGGUUAUGGAUGAUAAAGGAGUGAGGAAAGAGGCUGCAAGUAGUUUAGUUGAUGCAGAUGAACAGACUCUCAUGCAAUUUCUGUUUGAUUCUAAACCUAAAACAACCGUUGGCAAGAAGCAUAGUUUGAUUCGCUAAGCCAAAGAGGUGCAGGGAUGACACUUUCUGCAUAUUCUCAGACAUACAUGUCUCCGACUCAGUGUAUCGGCACAGGCCUUGUUGUCCUAAUUGUCGGACUUCUGGUCGGUGAAGGUUUUCUCCCUAUUUAAUCUCCCAUUUUUUUGUGGGUCUCCUGAGACACGGGUUAGAUCCCGUGUAUCUAGUAUCAGAUACACAUGGAUGGACCCACAUCCCCUUGUCGAGGAUCUGGAAUCUAAAUCCUUUUUUGGUUUACCUUUUUUUUCUUUCUAUUUCAUGAAGUUGCGACUUUAACGUUGAAUCAAAAACACUAUAGUCAUAAGAUAGCCGGUGAUAAUACUAUGUGUGUGACCUGAUGUAUAAUUAUUUUGGAAAUCAAGUUCUUACUUUCUUAUCAA